GAAUCCAAAAUUAGUAGCAGGCCAACUCGUUGAUGAGGGACAUGCAGUUUCGAUAGUAAACAAUCUACGAUGGCCAUGUUGUUCUGAAAGUUUCCAGACCCUGGAUCCUCUAUAAUAAUCGGGUCAACCCUCUUUCUGCCAAGUAGCCGAACCCGUCAACAGCUUGAGCUGUGUCUCCCUCCCCGCGCCCGCUUGCAUUUCUACUGUCAACUCCCCACAUUUCUUAUGUUUCAGACAAAAGAUUAGGUGUGCGCGAAAAACAACACAGGGUGUACACAAUUCCAGGUGCAGACAGACAUUGAGAGUUUACCUGAACGAGGUGCACAUUCAGGCUUAAAAGUGGAUUCUUGAAUUUCAGAAGUCACAAUUUGGUCCCUCAGAUUCAUUUCCUGUCUCGAAGUGGGGUAGGGAGUAUAAAGACAAACCCCACACUAUUCUCAAAAAUGAAGAAUGAUAGUGCCUCUUGGGUGCCGCUGCUCGAGGAGUUUACAUUUUCUGCAAACUCAGCCCCCUUCAAGAGCUGCCAUGCUUCCACAAUUGUAGAGGUUGACAAAGACCAUUUUUUGGUCGCUUAUUUUGGUGGUACGGCAGAGGGAGCACCUGAUGUGAAAAUCUGGAUACAGACUUACAAGGAUGGUUAUUGGCACUCUCCUAUUGUUGCUGACGAACAGCUUAAUGUUCCUAUGUGGAAUCCCGUCCUGUUUAAACACCCUUCAAAUGAGGUGCUACUGUUCUACAAAGUUGGUCAAGAAGUCCAAAAGUGGAGUGGGUGCAUGAAGCGAUCUUGUGAUGGUGGAGUCACUUGGUCAGAGAGAAAACAGCUACCUCCCGGCAUACUAGGACCGAUUAAAAAUAAACCCAUCUUGUUAGAGAAUGGGGACUUGCUCUGUGGAUCUUCUGUUGAGAGCUGGAAUUCUUGGGGUGCAUGGGUCGAGAUAACUAAGGAUUUGGGCAGGACUUGGAGAAAAUACGGGCCAAUAUACAUUGAGGACGAGUCUCUUAGUGUGAUUCAACCUGUUCCAUACAAGACUGCCAAGGGAAACUUGCGUGUUCUACUGAGAUCCUUCGAGGGCAUUAAUAGAAUUUGCAUGUCCGAGUCAUCUGACGGUGGCUAUACCUGGGAUUACGCAAGGCCAACCGAACUGCCCAAUCCAAAUUCAGGAAUCGAUGGAGUUAAACUGACAGACGGCCGUCUUGUACUUGCUUACAACACAAUCUCUCGUGGGGUGCUUAAAGUUGCUGUCUCUACAGAUGACGGCGACUCAUGGCACGACGUUGUCACACUAGAAGAGACUCUGGGAAUGGAGUUCUCGUAUCCGGCUGUCAUCCAAUCCAGCGAUGGAUUAGUUCACAUCACUUACACAUAUAAUAGGACACAAAUCAAGCAUGUUGUCUUUCAACCUAUUUGAUGACAAAAUGGAGCAUAUUUGAGGAAGCAUUCUGGGACAAAGUUAUUUCUUGGGCUACCAAAGUUAUGUAAUAAAAUUACGAAUAUUAAAGAGAUAAUAUCAACAAACCAAUCAUGACGUGACAAAUAAUUCUUUUUA